UCUUUCAAUCCAGUUGCACGACAUCCACACAACUACGAUGGUGAACUACAAAGUGAAGGUCCACACUGCCUGUCUGCACCAAGCUGCAACCUUAAACAACGUCUACAUUCAGCUGGUGGGCACAAACGGAGAGAGUAAGUUCCAGCUGAUAAACGCCAUUAAAGUCGCCACGUUCAGCGGCGCCCAUUCUAAAGUGUGGAUUUCCAGCAAAGCGUCCCUCGGCGAGCUGGUGCUGAUUAAACUCCAGAAGUAUCAUCUUGUGGUGAAUGACAGCUGGUACGCUUCUCACGCGGAGGUGACCUCCCCAGAAGGUCGCGCCUACUGCUUCCCCAUCUACAGCUGGAUCUCUGACGCAGACAUUCAUUCCUUCAGAGCAGGAGAAGCUCUGAGGAUCUCUGAUGACGUUCCGCUUGGGCUCCACAAUCGGCAGCAGGAAAUUAAAGAGCGAAAUGAGGAGUUUCGAUGGAAGGUGUAUUUGAAAGGAAUUCCUCACUGCUUGGAGGCCGACAAACCUCAAGAUAUUCCUGAUCGGUUCCAAUUCAACGCCACCAAAAGCACUGAGUUUCUGUUGACAGCAGCCAGUGGCUUAGUAGAGAUUAAUCUGAAGGGCUACGCCAACUGCACCGACAACUGGGCAAACCUUGAAGCCAUCAGCAAAGUGUUUCACAAUAAAACCACUCCCAUUUCAGAAUACGUCUCCAAGAACUGGAAGGACGACGGCUUCUUUGGCCAACAGUAUCUGAAUGGCAUCAACCCAAUCUUGAUUCGACAAUGCAAAUCCCUGCCGGACAAUUUCCCCGUCACUGAUGCCAUGGUUGGUUCUAUUCUCCAGGGAAGCUUGUGUCAGGAAAUGAAGAAAGGCAACAUUUUCCUGUGUGACUACAAGCGUCUGGAUGGCAUCGAAACAAACACCAUCAACAAGGUGAAGCAGUUCUUGAUGGCUCCUCUGGUCCUGCUGCACAAAACCUCCGAUGAUGAGCUGAAGCCCAUCGCGAUUCAGCUGAAGCAGGUUCCUGCAGAGGACAAUCCCAUCUUCCUGCCCACUGACUCGGAGUAUGACUGGUUGCUGGCCAAGAUAUUUGUGAGAGGCGCCGACUUCAACGAGCACCAACUCAACGUCCACCUUCUGCGCAGUCACCUGCUGGCUGAGGUGUUUGCAGUGUCGCUGCUUCUCCAUUUCCCGAUGGUGCAUCCUCUGUACAAGCUCCUCAUCCCGCACACAAGAUACACAAUGCAGAUCAAUGUCCUGGCUCGGAAGCUUCUUAUUUCAAAAGAUGGAUUUUUCCCUCAGUUUGUAGCCUCAGGUGGAGAAGGCAUGCUCGAAAUCCUGAGGAGGUCAGCGGCCUCCAUCACCUACAGCUCCCUCUGUUUACCUGACGACAUCUGUCAGCGCGGCAUGGAGACGCUGCCAAACUACUUCUACAGAGAUGAUGGGCUCAAGCUUUGGGGAAUCAUCAACAGGUUUGUUGAGCAAAUUCUGAAGUACUACUACAAGAAUGACACAGAGGUGGAACAAGAUACGGAGCUGCAGGCCUGGAUCACUGACAUUUAUGAACAUGGAUUCCUGUCCCGCGAAAGCUCAGGAAUCCCCCAAAGAUUCAGCAGGGUGGAUGAAGUGAUCAAGUUUGUCACCAUGGUGAUCUUCACCUGCUCAGGACAACAUGCAGCUGUCAACAGUGGACAGUACGACUACGAUGCCUGGCUCCCCAACGCCCCCAUGAGCCUUCAACGUCCUCCACCAACCAAGAAGGGCACGUCAUCAGAAAAACAGAUGCUCGAGACGCUUCCCAAUAUCGGCAGCACAGUGAAUGGGAUGGCAGUGGUGUGGCUACUCAGCAAGCAGUCGUCUGACUUUCUCGCCCUCGGCAGCUACCCAGAGAAGCACUUCACUCAGGAGACUCCCGGCAUUCUGAUCAGAGAGUUUCAAGCCGAGCUGGCGAAGCUGAGCGAGUCCAUCCAGAAGAGAAACAGAUGUCUGCACCUUCCGUACCCCUACAUGGAUCCUGCGGUGGUGGAAAACAGCGUGGCUAUUUAAAUGCUGGCCACUCUGGUGCUCUCAAUAAUGUGCUUGUAGUUGCAUGCUUUGAUGUACAGGUAUUUUACAUGUCAUCUGAAGAAUCUUCUGCUUAUGAUGGUCAUACACAGCUAUGCUGUUGAGUUCAGUGGCUUAUUGUUUUAGUUUUAGAAAGCUCUGCGAUGCUAAGGAUCCAUUGAAAUUCAGCAGUCUAAUACUCAUUUCCUAACUGAGUAACCUUUGAAUUGAAUAACAGUCGUGCUGCUUAUCUUCCAUCCAUCAUAACCAGCUUUAUUUUUGUCAUUCAUACAAACAUUGGCAUUCUGCCCUUGUUGAGAGUCACCUGUGAGUUCUAUGGCGCACACUUUGGUGCCUUCAUAGGCCUCUUCAGUUGAGUUCUCCCAUGGGACUGUGAGCUCUGUGACUUCACUUCAGUGAGGGGGACUAGACUAACAUGUCUGGUCCACAUGUCGAGGUACCUGGGCCAAGGCUUGUUGCUGGGGCUCUUCCUGUCCCUUUUUGAUGUCGCGAUGGAAUUUGUGCCUCCAUGUGAAGCAGCCUUGUGUGGUGUUGGUCUUAUGGUCAAGAUGCAGUUUCUUGGACCUGAUAGAGACCAAUGUUAGUCAGACGUAUAAUACAGAGGCUUACCUAAAUUUCUCUCAUAAUAAAGUAUUUAUUAUCAAAAACAUCUUGUACAUCACAGUGGCUGCUUCCUGGAUGUAGCUCACCCUCAGCAAGUCAGAAUUCUUUAUACUUUAUACUACUGUUUUUGAAUGAAUGCGUGAAAAUAAAUGACUCAC